AUGUCACGUCAUGCUUGCAUCUCGUUAAUGCAUGAUGUGCGAAGAGUGAGUGAGCCUUGUUGCAUUAGCAGUCAGCCAGCUGGGACACGAGUUGAUCUUGGAGCUGUAGCCUCAGGCAACAGUAGGGUAAUACAAUACGGUGCGGGGAAACCGGGAUUGUCGACGUUCCCCUCCCCAACUUCCCGUAGCUUUUUCUCAAGUUGCCUUCCUUGUCCCAACUUGCCUUUCCGUCCUUCCAUUGAUGAGAUGGCCGACGAACAACAUGCUGUGUUAAUGCGCCAUUUGAAAACCGCGCAACAAUUCACCAGACCGCCAAAGCGAUUGAGACAAGCUUUCAAGGCAACCUCUGAACAAAGAACGUAUGAACGCGAGGACACAAGCCGAAUUUUCUUGGAAGUGGGAUUUCGAGCCUGGUUGGCAUACUUCCUCGCGACUAAUGCCAUCGGCGGCAAGGGCCAUUACCAAGGCAAAGCAAACGACGUGACUGUAAUAUCGAAUUUUCAGAAGAAAUCGAGCGAAGAUAAGCGACAUCUCGCGGUAGGCGUAUGCACGGAGGAGCUUUACAGCGCCAUCGACGAGCGGGUUAAAGCUUGGGAGAACCAUUGUGGGUAUCGUGAUUGGCUGCAAAGGCAACAGGCCAUGGCAAAUGUUGAUAGUGAGGGCAGCAGAGAAGUCGGAAACUCAAGUCAAAACAACUCGCCGUCGCAAGAUGCUCAAGUUUCGAUAGACUCUCAACAUGGCGUAAGCCAGGAGAAUCAGAGCCGUAUUUUGCAAGCAACCAUAGUGCCACAUGAUUCUACGUUGUUUCCCGAAGCUACGCUGGUCCAACAAAUGCCCAGUGCUACUAUUGCCGGCGUCAUGGAACUCUUUCCUCCUUAUAUCUGCGGCGCAAUCCUCAAAGACCGCGUUUUGAACGUCGCAAUGGUGCAAAUGUCAUUCCCGCGCUUUCCGUCUGACGACUGUCUCAUGACCUUGACUAUUCAGCCGAACAAGGUUGAAUAUCUGGCAAUGGCAUUGUUUGGAAUUCAUCUGGAAUCAGAGGGAGAACAGAGGUACAUUGUCAUGGAAAACGGCGCUCGGGUUGUACCGUCCAACGAGAUGUCCCUCGAGGGUGCGGAAGAGAGUUCCUUGGCUUCUACGUUUGGUCCAUUGAUCAGCACGGCGAUCCAGAACAGCUGGAAACGUACCCUGGAAAUUGGAAGCGCAAUUCGCAAAACGAGAUGUGUGUCGAUGGAUGUGAGCACGAAGUCCAGCGUGCCGGCGUGUCUGGGCUUGUGGUUAUGGCUUGAGAAAGGGCUUGAAAUGAGACAAAUAUUGUACGCAUAG